AUGGGUGUUGAUGAGAGCAAAUCAUCAGCAACAGCGGCGGUUGAGCCCGUGGAAGGGGUAGCGAGACGAGGUGGUGUUUCCAAGUUCUUGUCAGGCCUCAAGUCGAGAGCUCAGGAGGAAAAGUCGACCUUUGCCGCGGGUGCAGGUACACAAGUCAACACCCAGAGCGAUGAUGGAGAAAGUCUUCGCAGCUUGAAAGAGACUGAACUUGGUGUCAAUACUGAGCAUGGUCUGGAACAAUACUAUGUCCCAAUUGAUACAUACGAAGGGAGACAUCGGUAUGAUCCAAAGGCAACAUGGACACCUGACGAAGAGAAGGCGUUGAUUCGAAAGCUUGACUUUCGCGUCUGCGCCUACGUCUGUUUUAUGUUUUUUGCCCUGCAGCUCGAUCGAGGCAACAUCUCUCAAGCUCUGUCCGACAACCUCCUGAAGGAUUUGCACAUGAAUACCAAUGAUUACAACACGGGACAAACAAUCUUCUACGUCUCUUUUCUGGCUGCUGAGUUACCAUCCCAAUUGGUGAGCAAGAAGAUAGGGCCAGAUAAUUGGAUACCGAUUCAAAUGAUCUCCUGGAGUAUCGUCGCUAGCUGCCAGUCAAGAUUGAGUGGACGAGCCACCUUCUUCUUUUGCAGAUCCUUACUCGGCAUCAUCGAGGGUGGCUUCAUACCCGAUGUGAUAUUGUACUUGAGCUACUUUUACAAGAGCAAGGAACUCCCCAUACGACUGAGCUUUUUCUGGGGGGCUUAUGCAAUGACGUACAUCAUCUCGGCCUUUCUCGCGUAUGGCAUCUUGCAUCUUCGGGGCCACAACGGCAUGGCUGGUUGGCAAUGGCUCUUCGCUCUUGAAGGGGCCUUGACAGCAGCAAUAGGCAUACUCUCAUGGCAAGCAGUCACUCCACGCCUACUGUGGGAAGCCCUCAAAGACUAUGACAUGUGGCCAAUCUAUCUGCUCGGCCUCACUUGGACCACCGCAAAUCAAUGCGCCAAUGCCUACAUCACGCUCAUUCUGCGCUCGCUCAAGUUUGACACCUUCGAGACGAAUCUACUCACUGUACCUGCGUACGUGCUAUUCAUCUUGCAGCUCAUCUUUUGGACCUGGUUCUCGGAGAAGAUCAAUAAUCGCUACAUCAUCAUUCUCAUGUGCCAAUUCUGGAUCCUUCCUUUGGUAGUUAGCUUAAAGACUUUGCCAGGCGGCCCAGCCUACGCGUGGAGCCGAUAUGUACUGAUCUUGAUGCUUGUUGGAUUCCCAUAUGUUCAUGCUAUUAUCGGUGAGCCAUCCAACGCAUACACGUACAUCAAAGCUAACUCCAGCCGUGUAGUUGCCAUGACUAGCCGUAAUGCUGGCUCGGUACGUACUCGGACCGUCGGCUCAGCACUAUACAAUAUGUGUGUUCAAGCGUCAAACAUCAUUUCUUCAAACGUAAGGGCCAUCUCAUUUUCCAGGCGCACCAAUCUGACCGCUCUACGUUGCGUCAAAGACCCAGCUGACAGUGGCGGCAACGGUAGAUCUACCGUGAUAAAGACAAGCCCCUCUAUCGGACCGGAAAUGCAGUCCUCAUUGGCCUUUGCUGCUACAACAUAG